AUGGGAGUCCCUGACGCCGACGCCGACAACACUGACGCAACUUGGAUCGAAGUGCGGAAGAAUCGAGACAUGUCUGCACGUGCUGCGAAGCGCAACUCCCGUCUGCCUCGCGGUCUAGCAUCUGAUACCGGCCGAUCGAGCUUGUCCGAUCAGCCCAAUCUCGUUGACUCAGGCGAGUCGGUCGGUACUCCGGAUAGCACCUUGACGUCUCGCACGGGGGUCACACCUCGCAACGCGAAAUUUACCGAACUGAUCCUGCUUCCGCGUGCUAUAAGAGUCAAAGAUACGAACGCUAUCGUUGCUAGCGCGUUCGCCCACUUCAAUACGAACCGUCCAUCAGAAGGCUAUGACAAAGUGGGGGGGCUAUCUCAUACCGACAUCUGGGUCAGCGGCAAUGCUGACUGGGUACGGUCGCUGUCGAACGAAUACAAGGAGAUGAAGGCGCUGGGUCUAUGUGAGGAGGAGUUUGCCUCGUUCGCCAAGGAGCAAUUCUUGAGACGCUCCCCGCGGUACCUGCCCGACUCGGAUGAUAGGCAAUGGCGAGGCGAGCGGAUGCUGCAGCUGGUCAAUCCACCAAAGGAGAACACGCAUUGGCGCAAACCUCCUGUACUGGAUAGUACACACCCUAUUGUGGAGUGGUCGUGGGAUAUUCGACCUGACUGCGCAUAUUGGCUGUCCCUCAAAGGGUUCAAUCCGCGGUACCGGUUCCAAAUCCAGAACUGCGCAUAUGUGCGCGACUGGAUUACGUGUCCAUAUUUCACAGUCGAGUUCAAGCGGGAUGGCGUAUCUGAGGACGCCGCCAUUGCACAAGUGGCUGCUGCAGGCUCCAUGGCACUGUACAAUAGGUACAAACUCCGUGAGGCGGCCCGCGAAGCACGGCCGGGUCUGGAAAUGGAUUCCAACAUUCGGCACUACGCGCUGACGUUCGUGGGGUCAAAGUUCGUUUUCUGGGUUCUCGAACCACACGAGCCACGAGGAGAUGAGCGGUGGCAUGGCUGUACGAUGACGAGGCUGGUCGGGGCAGACUGCACAGAUGUCUACGGUGUCGAGGAGCUAGUGGACUGGAUCAACGAGAUACAUCGAUGGGGCGUGGCGGCGCAUGGUCCCAGUUGUGAGAGAGACAUUAAGGCUGUUUUGAACCUGGGUGGUGUACGGACAUCAGACAUACAUGCGGUCUUAAGUUAA